AUGAGAUUUAGAUUGGCCGGUAUCCAAAGAAAAUACACCAAAAAAUUUAAAAGACAUCAUUCAGAUAGAUACCAUAGAGUAUCAGAAAAUUGGAGAAAACAAAAAGGUAUUGAUUCAUGUGUUAGAAGAAGAUUUAGAGGAACUAUUCCACAACCAAAUAUUGGAUAUGGUACAAAUAAAAAAUAUAAAUUUCAAUCACCUUCUGGAUUAAAAACUUUUGUUGUUAAAAAUAUAAAAGAUUUAGAUGUUUUAAUUAUGCAUCAAAAUGAAUAUGCUGCUCAAAUUGCUCAUAAUGUUAGUGCUAAAAAUAGAAUUGAAAUUGUUGGUAAAGCUAAAAAAAUUGGUGUUAAAGUUACUAAUGGUAAAGCAAGAAUUAAUAUUCAAGGUUAA